AUGUCAGAGAAAUACGACAAGUUACCAAUAGACCCACUCUUUAAAACCAUUGAUGAAUUGAAACCACAAUUUAUCGAACGGUUAUCCAAAGCCAUAGCCAUCCCCUCAGUUUCCUCAGAUGAACAACUUAGACCAAAAGUUGUGGAAAUGUCGAAAUUUUUGGUAAAUGAAUUGACCCAAUUGGGAUUCCAAGACAUUCAAGUUAAGGAAUUAGGUACACAGCCACCACCAGUUCAAGAUGCCAAUUUACAAUUGCCACCCAUCGUCUUGGGUAGAUUUGGGUCUGAUCCUAAAAAAAAGACGGUUUUGGUUUAUGGACACUAUGAUGUUCAGCCAGCUUUGAAAGAGGACGGAUGGGGUACUGAACCUUUUACUAUGCAUUAUGACAAGACAAAGGAGAUUUUGUAUGGUAGAGGAUCAACUGAUGAUAAAGGUCCAGUUAUGGGAUGGUUGAAUGUUGUUGAGGCUCAUAAUAAAUUGGGUUGGGAAUUACCAGUUAACUUGGUCGUUUGUUUUGAAGGUAUGGAAGAAAGUGGAUCCUUGGGGUUGGAUGAAUUGGUUGCUAAAGAAGCCAAACAAUAUUUUAAAAAUGUUGAUCAAGUAACCAUUUCUGAUAAUUAUUGGUUAGGUACAACCAAACCAGUUUUGACUUAUGGAUUAAGAGGAUGUAACUACUACCAAAUUAUUGUGAAAGGUCCAGGUGCUGAUUUACAUAGUGGUAUCUUUGGUGGUAUUAUUGCUGAGCCAAUGACUGAUUUGAUUAAAGUUAUGUCUACUUUGGUCGAUGGUAAAGGAAAGAUCUUGAUCCCCGGAGUUGAUGAAAUGGUGGCUCCAUUGACUGAAAAAGAGGACGGAUUGUAUGAUAGUAUUGAUUUUUCAGUUGAAGAGUUGAAUGCAGCUGCUGGUUCAAACACAGCUUUACAUCAGAACAAAAAGGACAUUUUGAAACAUAGAUGGAGAUAUCCAUCCUUAUCGUUACACGGUAUCGAAGGUGCAUUUUCCGGUGCUGGUGCCAAAACCGUUAUCCCAUCGAAAGUUGUUGGUAAAUUCUCCAUUAGAACUGUGCCCGAUAUCGAAUCGAAAAAAUUGGAUGAAUUGGUGUUUAAACACAUUAAUCAAGAAUUAGCUAAAUUGAACUCACCUAAUGAAUUCAAAGUUGAAUUAAUUCAUGAUGGUAAUUACUGGGUGUCUGAUCCAUUUAAUGAAAGUUUCCAAGCAGCAGCUAAAGCAACUCAAGAUGUAUGGGGAAUUGUGCCGGAUUUUACAAGAGAAGGUGGAUCAAUCCCCAUUACUUUAACAUUUGAAAAGGAAUUGGGAGUCGAUGUGUUGUUGUUGCCCAUGGGUAGAGGUGAUGAUGGUGCUCAUUCAAUCAAUGAAAAAUUGGAUGUUAAUAACUAUAUCAAUGGGUGCAAGACUUUGGGCGGUUACUUGCACUAUUAUGCUAAAGCUUAG